CACGAGCUGCAGUCACCUUUUCGCCAGAGGAAAAAGGUUGUAGAGRAGAAACAAGAAUAAGAACACUAGGAAAGAUUUGAUUGGGGCAAUGUCUUGGAACAAUAACAGCCACAGAUUACCGUUCUUACCUGGAUACACCUUUCAAGAUAUCACGAAGUCUGCCUUCCAUCGAUCACAGACUCUCACGUACAAGAACGGCUUCGCUCUGCCCCGUGACCCCACUGUUGGCGUUGGGCAGGAUCCUCUUCUGUCAGAGCAAGUGAUCCAGCAGGAGAUCAACAAGCGGACCUUCAAAACACCGGACAUGACUCAUGGCUCCUCAUACAAGAGCCCGCUUAAACAAUUCGUACCAGCUUACGUGACCUUAGACAAGAAGGUGCUGCGCUUCUAUGCAUACUUUAAGGAGGAUGUCCAGUUUUCCCCUGACGAGGUGUACCRUGUMCGCCCUGURAUUAUAUACUACUACCUAGAGGAUGAMAGCAUGUACAUCUAUGASCCCAUAGUGGAGAACUCUGGGUUAUCGCAGGGGAAACGGUUGAAACGACAGCGUGUGCCCAAGAAUGAACGAGGAGAGCAUUACGAGUAUAAAGACCUCAACCUUGGCAUAGACCUGGUGGUGUAUGGGCACAAGUACCACAUCACAAAUUGCGAUGAGUUUACAAUGAAAUUCAUGGAAAGUGAGGGCAUUAUUUUGAACGACGCUGAGCCGAUGCCAGUUGAUCCUUACAUGAUGCGCCGACAGAAGCUGCACAAGAAACUCAAACCACAGCCCUUCCCCAGCUGUGUGAUGCAGGUCUCAAAGGAUGAGGUGGAGGAGUACUACUCACCCAAAGACUUCCAGGUGGGUCACACAGUGAAGCUGCUGGGUCGUCCCUUCUUGCUGUAUGACUGUGAUGACUUCACCCGAAAGUAUUACCAAACCAACCACCCUGACAUGGAUAUGUCACCCAUUGAAAUACAAAAGAAGGUUAAAGUGGAAUGGAAGAGGGAGGUUCCUCCCUACAAUGGUUUUGGUUCACCUGAAGAUUCUCUCCAGAAUUGUUUGGCUCUGAUUCCCAAGCGUCCAAAAAAGAAUGUGAAGAAGAUGCUGGAGAACCAUAACAAAGUUUUGCGCUACAGUGCCACACUGGACUCACAGAAUCCCACCGACGAAGGCCGACCAUUUAUUCUGUCUUACUUCCUGUACGACGACAUGAUCAGUAUUUUUGAGAACCCCAUUCCCAACUCAGGUAUCAUCAGUGGCAUGUUCCUGAAAAAGACACGCAUCCCCAAGCCGGGCUCUACUGUGGAUAAUCCUGACUUCUACUCACCUGCAGACUUYGCUAUUGGAGCCACUGUGGAUGUUUUUGGCCGACGCUUUGUGCUGACCAAUGCUGACCAAUACGUCCUUACAUACCUGGAGUCCAUAUCGAGCCAGAUCCCUUAUCAAACACUGAACUCUUUGCGUCAAAAGCUGGGUGAAGGGGCAGCGAAUAACCAGCCAGGUGAUGAAGUAGAGGAGCCAUCCGAGUGAUGCAAAACUCGGAACCUCCAAGCAACACAAGUCCCCAACCCGAGCAGGAAAUCGGAACAGCGAAGGGUGAUGUGGCCUGCCGCAAACAACAAGGAGUGGCUAAAGCUGGACGAGGACGUUGACAACUGCCUGGAGACUGUCUCGAAGGGCAGCAUCGACCAGAAACUCCAAAUCAUGAGCACCAUCAUAAUGAACACGGGAGCAGAGCGAUUUGGCGUGGAACAAAGGCGGAGAGGAAACAAUCCGGCAAAGCUCAACCGUCGAGAAGCAAAGAUUAGCCAGCUAAGACAAGAGCUAAAGUCCUUGAGACGUCAGUUUGAGGCAGCUAUGGACGAGGAGAAAACAGCCCUGUCAGAACUCACAAACAUCAUAAGUAAGAGGCUCAUCUCGCUGAGGAGGGCGGAAUGGCACUGAAGGAAAGGCAAGGAAAGAGCUCGGAAACGCAGUGCUUUCAUCAGCAAUCCCUUCGGCUUCAUCAAGAAGCUUCUGGGCCAGAGACGAAGUGGCCACCUCACUUGCCCCGUCAAGGAGAUCGACCACCAUCUCCACGCCACCUUCAGCGAUACCCAGAAAGACCACGAGCUCGGGCCUUGCAGAGAACUGGUGGAGCAGCCGGAGCCUGCAACCCAAUUCAACUGCGCUGAACCCACCGUGAAGGAGGUUAGAGAAGCUGUCAGAGCAGCAAGAUCUAGCUCUGCUCCAGGCCCCAGCGGUAUACCCUACAGAGUUUACAAACAGUGCCCACGUCUCCUCAGACGUCUCUGGAAGAUCCUGAAGGUGAUCUGGCGGAGAGGAGUAGAGGUUGGGUGCCGUGGCUUUGCUGGCCAAUCACUGGCGCGAACCCUCAAACUCCUUGGAGCAAACGGUCUGCACACCAAAACAGCCACCAAGAA